CAUUGCUUCUGACUAUGAUACCAUUGGAAAUUUUCCUAGCCCAACAGAAUUAGCAAAUCUUGAUGAAGGCUUUCUGGCUUCAAGAUGCAAUCUUGGGUAUAGAGCAAGUCGCAUUUUGAAACUUGCCCGGGAUAUUGUUGAAGGCAGGAUUCAACUAGCACAACUUGAGGAGGUCAGUAAAGGAGCAAGCUUUGCCAAAUCCAGCAACUACGAUAAGUUGGCUAAACAGUUGAAAGAAAUUGAUGGAUUAGGUACUUUUACAGUGCCAAUGUGCUUAUGUGCAUGGGAUAUUACCCUGUCAUUCCAACAGAUUCUGAAACUAUUCGGCAUCUAAGAAAGGUCCAUGUGAGAAAUUCCACCGUUCAAACGGUACAGAGAGAUAUUAAACGUGUAUAUGGGAAGUAUGCGCCAUUUCAGUUCUUGGCAUACUGGUCAGAACUCUGGCACUUCUAUGAAAAGACGUUUGGGAAGCCAAGCGAAAUGCUAUACUCUGAUUAUAAACUAAUCAUGCCAGUAAUAUGGGAAGCACAAGUAGUACAAAAAAGAGGAAGAAAAAAUGCUGACCAAAGUCAAGCCUAGCAUUAGCUUGGAUGACCAAAAAAUAUGCAAAAAGCCAAUUAACCUGCCAUGUUGGUUCGCUUAUUAUGUAUCACUGUUUUCAAGCACGCUGAAAUUGCUUACUAUUUGAACAAUUUCUGAUGCAUGUUUAAUUGUUUAUAGGCACUAUCUUCCCUCAAAGUUGUCAACAUUGAAGUAGCAGCCAUGGCAGCUUGCCAUACUAUGCCUAAGUGCAACCACCAGCCUGCCAUGUGUAGGCACCUGCAUGGCAUUAGAAAGCCAUGCCAUUGGUCAUGCACAAGCAAUGUACAUGAUCCUGUACUUUCAUCGGAUUUUACCACCUCGCUUCUUAAUGUUGUAACUUGUAUCCAGUUUUCUG